AGGUGCUUAUUUAUAAGCAUCUUGUAAAAUUAUUAUUUUUGUUUUAACUACAUUUGGUUUGCACAUUGCAGAGCAAUGCAUUGAACAGCAUGGAUCCUCAUAGGUGUGAUAAUCCUGAAAAUGGGGGCUGAUGAAAUGCAGUGUGUCUGGUCCAUUGAUAAUCCAGCCUUGAAAAUCCAGCAAGGCACAGGAUGCCUCUCCUCAGAGCGGUAUGGAACAGGAUGGGAGAUGAUAACUCAUGGUUUAGAGGAGGUAGACAGGGGCUUCUUCUGAUCAGUGAGUUUAUCUGCAUUAGCAUUUUUGUUUAAGUCCAAAGCUUGCUUUUGAAAUGCCUCUUCUUCUUACUCUGUUUUAGUAACCACCACGAGGUAUAUGAACCCAGUUACACUCAGGCAAAACUAAAGCAAAAAAAUAUGUUCUGGCAGUACACCUAGAGCACCACAGGCAACCCCUAUUGAGCAUUCAGGGUUGGGGAUUAAAUUAAAUAUUGGCAAAAAAAAUAACACCUACUUCCCAGGCCUGUGGAUGUUGGGCUUUCAACAAUGUUAGUUUUGCUCCACAGAACUCUUUCUGGGCAGUACUCCUUGUUAAUGUAAACUAGCUCAGCUGGAGGAGCUCCCUGGCAUACCAUAAAGAGUUGGGAGAGCAUCUGACUGAAGGAUUUAAGCAGAGCUUUUACUUAAGCAUGUGUGGAAUUCAUUUUGGGAUACAUAUUUACAGAACAUGGAAAAAAUGCACUUUCCAUUCCAUCUCUAUGUAAUUCCCCACAAUGCUGCGCUCUGAAACCCUUUUCUCAGAGCUGAUGUGCUAGUAUCAUCAGUGGUUCUGAAGCCUAAAUUAUGAUGCUUUGACUUCCUAAACUAAUAGUGAAUUACUUUCUUACUUUUCCUCCCCCUCAGUCUUUGUAUUUUUUGCUUCGUUCGAAAAUAUGGGAAUAAAAUGAAUUCCUGCCAAGUGGCAGGGGACAAAGUCAGUAGGGGGGAAAUUAGUUCCAGUUUUCCACAAAUACAUUGUAAGGAAGAAUUAUUUGCUUAAUAAAACUAUAGUGAUUACUUCACUUGUAAUGCUCUUUGACUUUAAGCAUCUAUAUUGUAGUAUGCCAGGAAUGCAAGAUCAGGUCUCCAAAUGUGUGUAGAAGAGUUUAUAGUCUAAAGAAAACUGGAGCUCAACAUCACAGGGAAGCUACACCAGUGUAAUCCAAGAUGUAAAGUGUCACACAGAAACUACUAUGAAACGGCUACAGAUUUGAGUUAACAUAUCCCUCUUCCACAAUGCCUCUAGUCUUAUACAAUAGGUACAGUUUCUUAUUACAUUCUAAAGGAGGUUUUUAAAAACCAUAAAAGGUUAUUUCAAGUUCUGUGGAACUGUUCCUUCCAAGACCAUGUGGAUGUGAUUACUCUGUGAGCUCCAAGGUUACUUGUUCUUACACUGACAAAUCGAGCUCUGCUGCAGGUCUUUGCUCUUACAAUGAGAAUUGCAUGACUGACAAGAUAUCACAGGAUAAAAAAAUUAGUUUUUACCUUUGCCAAAGUGGUAUUGUACCUUUGACCUCAGUUUUCCAUGUAAUUUUCUGUUUUGGCAAAAAAAUAUUGUCUGGUGAGAGGGAAGCAGUAGCUGUAAACCAUCUCAGGUUUAUUUGGACUUUUGCAUGUGUGUAUUGGAAACAAACUGGUGAAAUACGGAGUAAAAAAAAACAUGAUAAGAUAAGGUGGGCACUGAAUGGGAAUAACACUCUUUGUCAGCUGUGAUGAUGUUUCAGGAAGAACCCUUUAGAAAUUACAGAAUGUGCUGAUUUGGAAGGGACCAUUGAGUCCAACUCUUGAGUGAAUGGCCCAUAGAGGGAUUAAACCCACAACCUUGGUGUUACCAGCACCAUGCUCUGACCAACUGAGCUGGUCUCAUCUGCAAUGGCUUACAAUAUUUGUGAGCAGGUUGCCAGACUUUCCAUUUCUCUCUAGGAACCUUCUUUUUCAAUUGAACUGAGACACAAAAUUACCAAUAUCUAGAGAAAUGGGUUAAAAUUUAUGGCCCUAGAGCUGCAAAGUAUUUGGAAAACUGAAAACUAACACACUCUGAGAAGGUUGCUCAGUGCUCAAAAUACUCAUGAAGAAGUAGAUUAAGAAGAAAACAUAGUAUACUCCAAGGAGACAGGUGUAGGGAAGAUGAAUGGAUUCUAUUAACACAGGAGAGGAAAAUAAAUAUCUAGGUACUGUAUAGCACAUGGGAAUCACAGCAAUAUCUUGAGUCACAUAGUAAAAAUAUAUCAGCCUUUUGGGACUGUUGAAAUCUGGAAGGUUGGAAAUGUGGUUUCCAUGGAAUAUGGAUGCAAAGGACUGCACUUUCACCACUGCUGGUGAGGUUGGGUGGUGCAUGGUGCUUAGUCCGGAGCGUUGCGCUUUAAGAGAAAAAGACACAGAUAGGAGAAAAUGUAAUGGAAAAGAUAGAGGAAACUGGGAAUAUUAGUAACAUGAUUAAUAAAAAGAAAGACAAAUGCAUGUAAGAAAUCCUUACAGGGAGUGUGAAGACCUCUCAUUCUUCACAAGCACAAGCACAAGGAGAGGGGCAAGAAACAGCUUCUUAUAUGAGCCAAUUUAGAGGAAAAACUUAGAAACUUGAUACAGUAACAACACUGGAACAGGCACCUCAGUGAGCUGAGUAAUAGCUGCCCCUAGCAAUUAAAAACAGGGCAAACAUGCGCAGAGAUCGUUUAGGUGUACUUAGUGCUCUUGGAGAGAGAUGAGAGAGCUCAUCCAACUCAUUCUGUAUGUUCUUCUUUGUAAAAGGCUGGAAAAUCACGUGGCUAUCUCCACUGGGCAACCUUUUCCUUCUGGCAUUCUUGACUGCUGCAGCCCCACACAAGUUUGCAUAUUCUGACCUGAGCAUGCGAACGCUCAGCACACCCAGUCCAGCAUUAAUAUUUCCACCGAAUUCCCCUGGGUUCCAAAAUGGCAGAGGUUCGUCGACGUCCUCAUCCUCAGUCACUGGGGAAACGGUUGCCAUGGUCCAUUCGCCGCCUCCCACCCGUCUCACCCAUCCUCUCAUCCGGCUGGCAUCCAAGCACCAGAAGGAGCAGGCCAACAUAGACCGGCUGCCCGACCACGCCAUGAUCCAGAUCUUCUCCUUCCUGCCCACCAACCAGCUGUGCCGCUGUGCCCGCGUGUGCCGCCGCUGGUACAACCUGGCCUGGGACCCGCGGCUUUGGAGGACAAUUCGCCUGACUGGCGAGACAAUCAACGUAGACAGGGCUCUCAAAGUGCUGACCCGGAGGCUUUGUCAGGAUACUCCCAACGUAUGUCUCAUGUUGGAGACGGUAAUUGUUAGUGGCUGCAGGCGGCUCACAGACAGAGGACUCUACACCAUUGCCCAGUGCUGUCCAGAACUGCGGAGGCUGGAGGUGUCUGGCUGUUACAACAUCUCCAAUGAGGCAGUCUUUGAUGUCGUGUCACUGUGCCCAAACCUGGAACACCUGGAUGUGUCAGGCUGCUCCAAAGUAACGUGCAUCAGUCUGACUCGCGAAGCCUCCAUCAAGCUGUCUCCCUUGCACGGGAAGCAAAUCUCCAUCCGCUACUUGGACAUGACAGACUGCUUCGUCCUGGAGGAUGAAGGACUGCACACCAUUGCUGCCCACUGCACUCAGCUGACCCACCUGUACCUGCGCCGCUGCGUCCGCAUCACCGACGAGGGUCUGCGCUACCUGAUGAUUUACUGCACAUCCAUCAAGGAACUGAGCGUGAGCGACUGCCGCUUCGUCAGCGACUUCGGCAUGCGGGAGAUCGCCAAGCUGGAGUCGCGUCUCCGAUACCUGAGCAUCGCUCACUGCGGCCGCAUCACGGAUGUGGGCAUCCGAUACAUAGCCAAGUACUGCAGCAAGCUGCGCUACCUCAACGCGCGGGGCUGCGAGGGCAUCACGGACCACGGCGUGGAGUACCUCGCCAAAAAUUGCACAAAACUCAAAUCGCUAGACAUCGGCAAGUGCCCUCUGGUCUCAGACACCGGCCUGGAGUUUCUAGCCCUCAACUGCUUCAACCUAAAGCGCCUGAGCCUGAAAUCCUGCGAGAGCAUCACUGGGCAGGGCCUGCAGAUUGUAGCUGCCAACUGUUUUGACCUGCAGAUGUUGAACGUGCAGGACUGUGAAGUGUCUGUGGAUGCUCUGCGAUUCGUUAAACGACAUUGCAAGCGCUGUAUUAUAGAGCACACCAACCCUGCUUUCUUCUGAAGGGACACCCCACACGUGUCAUUGCAAUGCAGUAUUAAAAACACUGAUGUAUAAACACACGCUCCCAUAUUCAGUAAUGCUGUCUUUUCUGUCGCUCACGGGAGUCAGUUUUUCUUGUACCUUAUGGGUGAGGGGUUUUCUAGAAGACUAUUCUGUUUUCUUUUUGUAUGAUCACUUUUUAAGGUGCCGUGGGUCUCUGUGGAGAGGCUGCCUUAAUGCAAAAGCAAUGAGUGCUCAGCAUCCCCAGUGGGGUGUCAUUUCCAUAAGAGCCAUGAUCUUGUCCCGGGCUACAGUAGCUGCCUCCAAAGGAAAUAGCACAUAAUCCCUCCUUUGGAAAUGCUACUAAGCUGUGUCAAAUACAUCUGAAGUCUAGCUGUGCUCAUGAGGCUGACUAUGCAAUAUUGUGUCUGUGUUCCCCAACUUUUUCCAAUAUGGCUGAUAGUCAUCCAUUGUAAUCGCUCAGGAAAUACUGGGUAAUGUUCUUAAACAUACUCAUUUGAAGCAGAGUAAACCUGCUGGCCAUUGCUGAGCACUUCUGCGGAGUGAAUCUGGAGAUUGUGCCCAUGCAUGGAUUCUCUUGGGAAGCUCCCCUCCAGGUCACUCGUGCAUCAUCGCUACUUGCCUUCAUUUCUAAAUUUGUCCUCUCCAGCAUGUGUAGUACCAUCCUCUGGUAGUAGAUAGGGACUUCUGGCUCUGAUAAGCAGUGAUGUAUUCACCUGAGUGAAGGAGAACAAAUGAGGUAUCGGUGGCCUGGAAAAAGAAAAAGCCAGCAAACCAGCCUGAGAAGCUGCUGUAAUUCUGCAACGAGCUGAGAUAGUACUGUAGGACAGCAGAGAGGCUCUGAGGCAUUGUGGAGCAGCUUGCAUGGGGCAGUCCCAAUUGCUGUGCUGCUGGGCUGUCACCAGGAAGUCUGGCUUUGUCCCUUUGCUGUACCUUUUCAGCAGUUGUGGCAACACUGCAGUGGGUGUUCCCUGACCAAACCAGGGACUUGCGUUUAGGUCAAGUUAGUACGUGCCUUAAUACACUUGGAAACCUGACCUUUUUCUGUGGCCUUCAAGUUCAAAGGAUAGAUGGCUGAUCUCAAGACUUCAAAGACAUUAGCCUGGUGUUAGAUAACAUCCCUGGGGACUUGGAAGAUUAUUCACAUUAGAUUUAGAUUCUUUGAGACUUUGGCUCUGUGUGUUCCCUUAGGCUGGAGAAACAGCUGCAUUUUCAACAAAGAAUUAAACAGCAGAGUUGCGCUAUGACACUGGGAGCUACUAGUACUCUCAUGGUCACUCUUGCUCUUGCAUGAGCAGGAGUGUUUUGGAAGUCCCCCAUCUCAUUGGCUUCUUCCCCAGAGCAUGUGGUUGAUUCAUGGUUACUUUCUUCACAGUUUUCUGGCAGCUGUUCCUCUGCAUUUUCACAUAUAAUGCUCAGAUCUGAAAGCCAGACACGUGAAGGGUGAUGAUAUUUUCAGGCAGGCCCCCUGUGCCUGACUGACAGGUGAAUUCAUAUGCUCAGCUCAAACACUGUGUCUCAUAAGAAGGGAAGUGCUGUGUCUGGCUUUCAUAAGCAGUAGUUCCAUCAUCUCCAGACAACACUAAUAAACUCAGUGCUAUGGAGUGAAAAUCAAUAUGCCCAAGAAAAACACAUAGCUGCUGAGGAAAUAAUUAUAACAAUGCUCUCUCAAAUUUAAAAAAAAAAAAAAAAAAAAAGGGCAAUGGUUUGGACAUGUCCCUGGAGAGGGAACUUGUCCUACUGCUGCAAAAAAUUCCUGUAACUUAUGUAUGUUCCUCCAAUUUUGGAUUUUUUAAUAUACAGGAUGGCACCAGCUCUGAAUUAUAAAUUAAGUUGUACUAAGGCAAAGAGGGCCAUGGAAAAUGAAUUUUUCAUUGCUACUGCUACUGGUCAGUGACUAAUAUGAGGUGAUCCCAUCUCUUGGACAGUUAAUUUCAUUUUUCCAUAUUUCUAAAAUAAGAGGUUCUUCUCUAGCAAGUAAUACAGUAUAUUUUAUCUGAGCCAGCUAUACUCUCUGUUUAUCCUUUAUCUGAAAAUGGCCUCAAGGAAUUUAAAUGUUGAGCCCUGAGGAUGGUGGGAUUUUGAGCCAUUUGCACUCAUGAAAUAUAAGGCCUCACUAGUAACAUUUAAUUGUUUAUUAAAAAAAAAAGAAGCUACUUUUCUGGCUAUGUUGAAUUGAGUGAAUAGUGCUACGUGGUUUUUAAAGUUUCUAAUGUUUAAAUUUGGCCUGUACUGUACAAAUCUCACUAUAAAGCCUUAAUUUGCUACCAAGAAAUAAAGCAAUAUAUUGGUUA